UUGGGGCUCAGGUAGCAGUGUCAGUGGCAGUUCGGGAGUAGCGCUUUGUCAAAGUGCUCAGUCCAAGUGGAGCAGCCUGACCGGCAGCGAGCGACCCUCAGCACAGAGGACGGAAAGCGGGCACAGCGUCCCCUGCACGAAGCCGAAACGAGACCAGCCUUCACUGAUCUCAAAGGAGUGAGAGAGAGAGAAAGAAAGAAAGCGCCAGCAAGAUAAAGCGGAGUUUCUUCUUAAAAAGGCAGCAACAAUUGAAAAAGAAGUUUUUGAAAACUUUUACGAAACGUUGUAGAAGUUUGCACGUUCAACUGUUGGUGCACUUCAGAGCUGUACCUGGCCCCGAUUGACAGUGGACGUCGGUUAAACAUAAUUCUUGGACUGCUGGAUAUGUUACUUUGUCACAUCGAGGGGUGCAUGUGUGAACCAAAAUAGCUAGUUGGUGAAAACUGGCAAUUCGAGAGGACAGCCGAGUGACCGCAGCUCGGCGCUCUGCAACUGGGCAUUUAAUCGGUUUACUGCUGCUGGAGAAAGUUACUAAAAACUAAACCGGACCGAACACUCGGGAGAGUAGAUACUUCAGUGAUUUAUUUUCUUCCCUUUGAUUUGUUUCGAGUGGAUUCACGUUUUCAGCAUUUUCUGAGCAAUCCCUGUGAGAGCCAGUCGUGAAAUGGCUGCACCGCGCUCCAACACUGCAAGGCUCUGACAGACCAGGCUGCUACACAGCAGUACAAACUCUCACUGAUGAAGUGACACUCGAUUUGAUAAAAAAAAUUGUCUCUCAGGUAACUUAGUCUACGGCUCGAGGGAAGGUACAAUAACGUUAAAAAUCAAACAUAAAACCGAGGGACAAGCUUGGAACCCUUAAAGCUAACAGAAGUGGGAUAAAGCGGUAAAGGACGGCAAGUACCAGCACUGCAGUGACAAAAAAGGAGGAAGAGAUCAACCAACUGUAUGAGAGGGAGAAUUGAGAAGAAAAGUUCAAGGGUUGGAACGGGAGGUUGAGGAGCACGGAUCCUGUCCUGCGCUGGGGUUGGGUGGAGUUAUGGAUGUAAGCCUGAAAGAGUUUCAAUAACAGGUGCAAUGCUCACACAGUCCAACUCGAUUCCUCCAUCUGCCCUGGGCUCCUGAGAACCAACUGCUCCGUCCGUGCUCACCCUGACUGUUUCAUUCUGACAGUUGUCUUCGAUACAGCAGCACAUUAGAGAAACCCUGAUUAAUCCCAACAGCCUGGAUAUUUACCCAGGGUAUCCUGAACCUGAAAAUGCAGAACUCAGUGACAGUGCGAGGAGCACUCGAUGCAGCUCUUAGCCCGGCCAGGCUCACCAUGACUGGGCUUCACGUUCUGCUGGCUGCCGCUUUCCUCUCUGGCUCUUCCCACUGCCUGGUUCAGGCAAACUCUUGGUGGUCGCUGGCCAUGAACCCCAUCCAACGGCCUGAGAUGUACAUUAUAGGCGCGCAACCUCUGUGCAGUCAACUGAAUGGUCUGUCGCAAGGCCAGAGGAAGUUGUGCCAGUUGUAUCAGGACCAUAUGAUUUAUAUUGGAGAGGGGGCAAAGACGGGCAUUAAGGAAUGCCAGUAUCAGUUCAGACAGAGGCGGUGGAACUGCAGCACUGUGGAUAACACCUCUGUGUUUGGAAGGGUCAUGCAGAUAGGGAGCCGAGAGACUGCCUUCACAUAUUCCAUCUCAGCAGCUGGUGUAGUAAAUGCAAUAAGUCGUGCAUGUCGUGAGGGUGAGCUCUCAACCUGUGGGUGCAGUCGCGCUGCCAGACCCAAAGAUCUUCCCCGGGACUGGUUGUGGGGAGGUUGUGGGGACAAUGCCGAAUAUGGUUACAGGUUCGCCAAAGAAUUUGUGGAUGCAAGGGAAAGGGAGAAGAAUUAUCUAAAAGGCUCAGUGGAUCAUGCCAGGACACUAAUGAACCUGCAGAAUAAUGAAGCUGGCAGGAGGGCUGUGUACAAUCUUGCGGACGUGGCAUGCAAGUGUCACGGUGUUUCAGGCUCCUGCAGCUUGAAGACUUGUUGGCUUCAACUGGCUGAUUUCCGGAAAGUGGGUGAUCUGCUGAAAGAAAAGUAUGACAGUGCUGCUGCCAUGAAAAUUAACCGCAAAGGGAAGCUGGAGCUAGUUAACAGCCGCUUCAAUCCUCCCACUGCAGAUGAUCUAGUUUAUCUUGACCAGAGCCCUGAUUAUUGUGUUAAGAAUAAGACCACAGGCUCCCUGGGCACAACAGGCCGCCUCUGUAACAAGACCUCUGAGGGAAUGGAUGGUUGUGAGCUAAUGUGCUGUGGACGGGGUUAUGAUCAGUUCAAGACCACGAAAGUUGAAAGAUGCCAUUGUAAAUUUCAUUGGUGCUGUUACGUCAAAUGCAAAAAAUGCACACAAAUAGUUGAUCAGUUUGUUUGCAAAUAACUUAAAAAAACUUCUAUGUAAAGGGUGCCUGGGGAGUUCCCACUUUUCCAAAAGAAACUGCUAACAUGGUGAAUGUAUAAUGUGUGUGCUCAGACUUCAGCAAGAGAGAAACAGAAUCUGUACUUCACUUACCAGAUAAAAUUAACUGCUUUAUAAUCAAUUUUUUAAUAUAUGUAAUUAACUGGACCUAGUACUGCACUCUGCCUUUAGCCUCUCUGGCUCUCCUUGUACAAUGUAUAGUGGAUGAGUGACAAGUGUAGCAGUAAUGACCGAGUCUUGCCUGCUGACUAUUUAUUAAAGAUGAGGUCACAAAUACUUAGCAUUCUGACCUAAUUUAAUUCGGGUUUGAAAGCCAUUUUUUGCCUUCUCCUCCCAUUAGCAUUUUCACCACCUAUUUCAGCAAAAUAACAUACUUUAUAAAUAAGAAAUCAGCUUUACAUGAAUAACUGGAACUGCCCAGAAGCAAUCAAAUAAUUUGCCUGUGAAUUGAAAAGGAAAGAAAAAUGUCCCUGUAAGACAUCAGUGUCAGUCGACAUUAAUUCAUUUUGGUAACAUAAUCAAUUUCUUUCUCUCAAAUAGCUAGAAAUGUAUCAUGUAUUUUGUGAUCUAAUAACCCGCACUGUUUUUGCAAAAUUUAAUACCUAUUUUUGCAAAGUACUUGUAUACUUUAAAUUUACAUUCUGCACAAAUGUGUAUAUAUGCUUGUAUUUAGAAUAUGUGCCAGAAUGAAAACAGGCAUGUCACUACAUUUAAACUGCAACCUAACUGGAUUUGUGCAAAGGUUCUUAUUUUUAAGAUUUAAUAAUCUUACAUUUACAAAGAACUGUGGAGGAUGAUCUACAACAGGACCUUGGUGACACCUCAAAUAAUUUGUAAUUCCUGAAAAUUUAAAAGGGGGAGCACAGUUUUAUUUUAAAAGACUAAGCAUUGGGCAUUCAAAUAUAACCUUUGAAAGAAUAAAUCAAAUUUUAAAAAACUCAUCACAAAAUACACUAAAACAAUGGCUAUCCUAGUUUCAAACAAUGGGAUCAUUUCUUUAAAAGUAGCUGUUUCUUAAGUUAUAAUGAGACUUAAUAAAUUUGAUGACCAGUCGCUUAAUGCAACUGAUGACAGAGCGGAGUGCUAAGUUUGUAAAUAAGAACUUGUAUAUACCAAAUUCAGCCAUUGGGUGGGAUAUUUGUUACAUCAAGAGUCCUCAAACCUGGAUCUCAAUGCACUACCUGCAAAAGAUUUGAAAUUGUUUUAAUGAAGAAUGAAUGAAAUAAAUGCUCAACAAUUGAGGGAGUUUUGCAGUUUAUAAUUUGCAGUUUAUAAGUGUUUACAUUGUAUUAGGAUGAUUAGAUAAUGUUAUUUAACAAUACUUUUAACCACAUGUGUCUACAUUUCAUUUUAGUGCAAUAGACGCAUAAGCCAUUCAUUCAAUCACUGUUAAUCUGGACCUACAGUAAGAUUGUAGUUAUACUUUUUCAUUAAAGCAGACUUGAUAGCUUUAAAUUAUUUAACAAAGUUUAAGCAGUGAAGAUCCCUCUUUCACGGCAAAGUUUUUGCAAAAUGGCAUCCUUACAUCACAAAGCUAUAGUGAAGUUUAUAGAGAAUUCUUUAUGUUCUUGUUUUGCAUUUAAGAUUAAUAGUAAAAUAAACACACUUGGCUAUUCUAAAUUGUUAGCAUCCAUUUAUAUGUCAAGUUAUAUUGUUGCUUGUUCAUUCUGUUCAUUACUCCACCCAUUAAAUGA